CCUCUCUAAUUCGUUUUUUGUAAAUUCUUGCACGUUGUUUGGUCGGUUUGAUUAAUACUGAUUAUUUUUAUUAAAAUGAGCAAAACAGAUGCUGAAAGUGAUGCCAAAGAUAAAUUACGGAAGAUGCAUUGUAAAUUCAAUCCGCUCUCCCGCUGCGAUGGCUCUGUCAUGUAUAGCCAAGGUGCCACUGUGGUCAUUGCCGCUGUGCUCGGUCCCAUUGAGGUGAAGACACAAAAUCUUAGCAUUGAAGGCAGCUACCUAGAGUGUAACUAUCGUCCAAAAGCUGGCUUGCCCCAGGUAAAGGAACGGAUUCGCGAGGCGGCCAUAAGAGAUGUGCUGGAACUUGCAAUUUUGAGUGAAGCUUAUCCGCGGGCGAAGAUGUCAUUACAGGUACAGGAGCUUGAAGACCGUGGAAGCAUAGACGCGUGCGCUUUAAAUGCAGCCUGUCUAGCUAUGCUUAUUGGCGGCCUACCCUUGAAGUACAGCUUUGCGGCCGUGCACUGCAUCAUCAAUGAAAAAGGCGACUUUGUUCUGGAUCCUGAAGAAAGUGACACGCUGCACCAGCGAGCCAGCUUUACAUUUGCUUUUGACUCUGUGGAUGGAGACCUGCUGUUGGUACAAACUAAAGGCGCUUUCAAGAUUGCACAGUUCAAUGACAUCGAAUGUCUUUGUCGCCAGGCUAGUGCUGAGGUCUUUGAGUUCUAUCGUAGUAAUAUAGCCAAAUAUCAUAGCACGAGAGAGGAUCAACCAGCGACGACAAUCGAAAGUGGCCACAAGGAUCUGCCAAUGGAAACGUGAUGUACAAUAAUUUAGUUUGAUUAAAGCUGUCUAACCACUUUAUUGGGAACGUUCUU